ACCAGCCCUGGCUGUGUGGAGAGAGCUUUGUGACUAGAGAGGAGGAAGUUGUCACAGAUAAAUAGAGCCAAGCACGCCAGCUUCAGACACAUGCCAGCUCCUGACACAUGCAUCAUGACCAUGAGACAGAACUGGAUACCAGACUCCAGGCCUCUGUGGGUCCUGCUCCUGUGUGCUCACGUCGUCACCCACCUGGCCAGAGCCACACCUUUACCUCAGGCCACCACCGCUGCCACUGCCUCAGCUGGGGGCAUGAAGGACCCCUGUCUCUCCUGGCUCCCAGUACUCCCAGCAACUAAGCAGUGCCCAGCAUUGGAGGUGACUUGGCCAGAAGUGGAAGUUCCACUGAAUGGAACGCUGACCUUGUCCUGUACUGCUUGCAGCCGCUUCCCCUUCAGCAUCCUCUACUGGCUGGGCAAUGGUUCCUUCAUCGAGCACCUCCCAGGCCGGCUGCGGGAGGGCGCCACCAGCCGGGAGCGCAGGGGUGCGAGCACUUGGCUGCAGAGGGCUUUGGUGCUGGAGCAGCUGAGCCCUGCCUUGCGCAGCACCAACUUCUCCUGUGUCUUCACGGAUCCUGAGCAGAUUGCCCAGCAUCACAUUGUCCUGGCCCAGCUCUGGGUGAGGAGCCUGAGGAAAGGCUUCCAGAGACAGGAGGAACUCUGCUCCAGUAUGGGGCAGAAAGGGUUCCCUCUGCCUCAACACAAUGACAGAUGAACUCUGAAGCCCGGAUGAAAUGCCACCUCUUCUUCGAGGGCCGUGCUGUCCCUCAGCUCAGGCCAUGUUCUGCAGUGGCUUAGUGUUGUGUUUGUGGGUUUUUAUACCUCUAAUGGACUGUCCCAGGGAAGGGAUGGGGGCAGGCUGCUUCUGACCAACAGCUGUAUCCUUUUCAUGCCCAUCAGGACCCAUAAUGGGCACUCAUAAAUGAAUUUUUAAUGGAA